AUGGUUUUAAAUGCCGCUGUGCAGUUAUUAAGAGAGGCAGAGGAAUUGAAACAGAAGAUUUUAAAAUACAAUAGUUGUAUUUCUAUGCUUCAGGAUAGAAGUUUAUGGAUAACACAGCAACAGUUACAGAAGGUGUACCAGAAAGUUUUGGUUCUGGAUCUUGAUUAUGCUCUAGAGAAGAAAGUGGAACAAGAUCUGUGGAAUGUUGGUUUCAAGCAGCAAAUUGAGGCUUUACAGGCCAUUUCAAAAGAUAGAAAGAGUGUCCUCAGAAAUGAAGCUCAAGGUAUGCUAUCAUGGGUGCUGCAGGCUGCCGCUGGUUUCUACCUCUGCCUCUUGCAUCAAAUCUGCACAACAUUUAAAUUAGAUCUACCAUUUAGACGUAGGGCGUCCCUUCUCGGGUCAGUUGAAGGUUGGGAGGCCGGUGGUUGUCCGGAACCAGUUCGAGCGGGUGCUGGAGCAGCCCGGUACGCGUGUCAACACUGUCUAGUACACCUAGGAGACCUGGCUCGGUAUAGACACCAGUUGAAAGUCGCUCACACCUUCUACAGGCAUGCCCUGGCGGUGUCCGUGCAUUCAGGACAGCCAUACAAUCAGUUGGCGCUAGUAGCAUGGCGUCGUGGUCGUCGCCUGGCCGCACUCUACUGGCACGUUCGGUCUCUACUGGUCCGAGCGCCCUUCCCUCCCGCGCCUGCUAACCUCGCACGGACACUGGCCGCCGCUGGACGUGAUGUCAAGGAGUCGCCUCUGCCAGUACUACCGGGGCUGUCCAGUGUAGAGGGUCACACUACCAGCACACCUUCAAAAACAACUGUAACUGAAAAACUCGAUUCACACUCAUAUGUUAAUGAACUAGUACGAACACUCCACUAUCUGCAUAGCUUGGAACAUCUGGACAAGGCAGAAGAAUUGGUAGAGAAGCUGAACUCGUCCCUGACACACCUCGUGGCUACUGAUAGCUUCGAUUCUAUGACUCUGGUUAAGAUGGCGUGCGUCACAAUCUGGCUGGUUCACUCCAGUACGGAGGACUUGUCGUUGGAGCCGGCGGCCAUGAGCGAGGCGGAGGGUCGGGCCGCAGUGUUGGCGGGCUCGCUGGCCGCUCACAGCGUGCUGGCGCUGCUGCUGGCCGCGCACACUGGGGACACGCCCAACAAGGGCUUGCCGGCAUUGCGUGUGUGGCUCCAGUGGUCGUGGUGCCGACAGGCGGCGCUCCGGUCCCACGCGUGGGGCUCCAGGCCUCACAUGUGGGCGGCGCUCGCUCACGCUCUCAACAACAUGGGAGACGCCCUCGAGGACCCUGCCUAUGAAAGUCUUCCUCUGCCAGAGGAUGAAGAGUUACACGGCUUCUUACCACUGGAGGAGGCUUUGAAGGGACUCAAGUUUCCUAACCACUGCGGCUGGGACUCAAACAAGCUGCCUCAAGAAGAACCAGACGAAGACACUGCUUCCAGUGUGUCAGCGUCGUGGGGCGCGUCGUACCUGGCGCUGGUGAGUGACACGGAGCUACAGGCACGUGUGAGGAGCGCCAGACUUAGAAGACUUGGGGAGAAGCUAGCCGAACAACAUCCGGAGCUACUCACAUGCGAUGUUGACGAAGACGGGGUGAUGUCAUUUUCUACGAGCGAGUCCAGUAAGGAACAGCUGUCCUUGGUGUUGGCGACGCUGACACCGCCCUCAGCCCCGCCCACCGAGCCUCAGGCUCCACCCCCCGUACCCCCACCACCACCACUCAUCAUAUCGGAGGCUGACUUUCGAGAGAAAGUACGAGAAAAACGAGCGGGCAUCCUCAAGCCGCAGGGGUCUCUGGAGCGAGCGAGGGAGGAGAGACGAGCCGCGCCCGCCGCUGAGGAUCAGGACGGCGAGGAGUGUGAGGAGGGAAGUAAGAGUGAGGACAAGAAGGAGGCGCGGAAACCGAGAGUAAACAUAGCUAUGGCGGCUAUUAUGAGGAAACAGGAGGAGACUAACAAACAGGUUAAAUUUGUAACUCCACCCCCCACACCGGAGACUACAGAUGAAGCAAGCGAGAGUGCAUCGAAAGAUGAGAAAACAAAAGUCAUUCAACCGAAGGCCAUUAAGUCAUUAGCAAAUUUACCGGUGGGAAGAAAAACGGGGGGAAUCCUCUCGUUGAAAGACAAAUCGGCCGGAUAUCCGCACCUCCAGAAUACGGAAACGGAAACGAAGAAAUCGGAACAGGAAGAAAAGAGCGAAGAGAAGUCAGCCCAAAACAGUUCCGUCUCGCAGAAUUAUCAUCAACGGGAUCAAGGCACCAACUGGCCGACGAUGACGGCGCCGUACAGCGACAAUAAUAAGAUGAACUUCCAAAAGAAUUACGGAAUACAAAACAGCGGAAUAAGUUACAACCCCAACUACCAGGCGCCCUCCAACACACAGGGGAUCAGACUGCCUGUUGUGAACCCCAAGGAGAUCGACGUGAGGACGGCGGCGCUACAGAAACAGAACUCUCGCCAGGAAAUAUUCCAGGAGGCCAAUAAAUUCAAUCACGGAUACCAAAUAUCUGGCGACAAAAAGAACUUCCUUAACGACCUGCCGCCGAGGUUCGCGAACCAGUACCGAUACUGGCAGAGUCCGCACGAGAACACAUUCAACGAUAACAAGUUCCGCGACGACAGCAACAAGCUCACCGCGCCCUUCACCGCACAACCUCCCAGACAGAACUGGCCGAGCACGAACGACAACUUCCAGCAGGGCAUGCCCUGGUGGAAACCCGACACCCGCACGAACUUCAACCAGCCGAACUUCUCCACCACACCCAUGAAUAUACCGAACUUCUAUUCUCAAAUGUCCGGGAACGUGCCCAAUAUUUAUCCAAAUCUACAAUACAACCAGAUGCAAGGCCAGAACAUUGGCCAAAACAUGCAAAAUGUGGGCCAGAACAUGUCAAAUAUAGGACGAAAUAAGCAGGAUAGUUUGGCGCCGUCGUUCGGUCAAUCAGCGGUCGGUCAGCCGCAGGUACAGCCCCUGGGCUUGGUGUCGUCUCCCGGGUACAGCUCGGCCGUGAACAGCUUCAGCCCGUACCCGGCCGCCGUUAGCUACGACUCGUCCUUAUACCCUCAGUUCAACAAACUCGGCUACCAGCCGCUACAGCUCAACAAACAGAACUACCACGGGAAGGACUCGGAGCCAGGAGUCGGCUUCGGCAGCAACGUGCUCGACGUACAACACGUGAACUAUAACGAGCCGUUCACUAACGACGGAACUAACGACACAUUGGAAGACGUGGCGGGCGCUCAGUCGGAGGCGGGGGCUGCGGUGUCGGGCGGUGUAUCCAACACGUACUCGUUGUUCAGACAGGACGCGCACGCCUGGCCGCCCUCCACACAUCAGUCCCUGUGGUCAGGUCCGGGCGGGUCUCCUCUGGAGCGUCUCCUGGAACAACAGAAGCAGAUGAAGCCGCCCUCCACACACUGA